CAACCGAUUAGAAUAGCUUAUCGUGUCAUUGGCUUUCGUUCGUUACCGCGGAAUCGAUUUAGUGUCAAGCAUAACAAUUGGCGACGGUGGUUUGGAAACAUGGAUCCUUCUAGACUCGAAUCAUUACUUGAACAGCAGCUGAAGCUCAUACAAAUGCUGACAGACAUGAAAGUUUCGCCCCCUUCACAGCCUAGCACAGCUAAUGCAACCACAGCACCAUCAGUAGACGGCAUCACAAAUAGUAUUGCUGAGUUUCAUUAUGAUCCUGAUGCAAACGUUACUUUUGACAUGUGGUUCCGGCGUUAUGAAGACCUAUUUAAAUUUGAUUUUUCUAAUCAAGAUGAUGCUUGGAAGGUACGACUGCUACUUCGGAAGUUGGGUGCAAGUGAGCUGGUCAGGUACUGCAACUUGAUCCUGCCAUUGAAUCCACGUGAUCGCUCUUUCGCAGACACAGUCCAGACACUAAGCCAACAUUUUGGGGACAAUUCAUCAUUGUUUAACACCCGUUACCGAUGUUUGAAGCUGGUUAUGAACGAAGACGAUGACUUCCUUAAGCAUGUGGGCAUCGUUAACCGUGAAUGCGAACGGUUCCGGUUAAAGUCUUUAUCUGAAGACCAGUUCAAAGCCCUUAUCCUCAUUUGCAACCUUCAGUCCCAGAAGUUCAGUGACAUAAGAACGCGACUACUAUGUCGAUUGGACCAAGAUCCAAAACUCACACUAAAUGACAUGGCUAAUGAAUAUCAACGCCCAGUAAAUCUACAACGAGACACGUUGAUGGUUGAGAGUGGUGGGUCUAGUCGAUCGGAAGUACGAGUAAUCCAAAAGACAACUAACCAGAAUCAGUGCGCUCCCGCUGCAUUCAGUCCAACUCAUUUCAGCCCAAUUCGACAGACCAGAACAAAUCCCUCCACUCCUUGCUGGCAUUGUGGUGCAUGGCACUACGUAAGGAAUUGCCCAUUUAAGCAACAUCGAUGCAGGAAGUGCAAGGUUGUUGGCCACAAGGACGGGUUUUGCCCUAAGAGCACACCAAAUCGAUCCAGUAAUACCAAAAAGACGGUUCCAAAGCCCUGUACCUCUUCUUUGAGCUUGGUAUCUUCUUGUCAGAGUUCAUCACCAGAUUGCAAAUAG